CCGCCGGACUGCGUCUUUGAUUAGGUUGACAAAAAGGACAUAGUGCCCAAAUACUCAAAAAUAUCCUGCUGAAUCAACCGAGAUCCUCGUGACACCCUAUUAUAAAGAUGGCGUUUAUUAAGGAGGAGAGUGAAGACUUGAAGAUUGAAGAAACAUUCGAACAUGAAGAUACUGAGGAACAAACAGAUCUGAUGGCGCUGAAAGAGGAGAGUCAAGAUCUGAAUGAAAAACAUGAUUUUAGAGCUGGAGAAACAUCUUUUUGUUGUUCACAGACUAAAAUGACUUCCUCUCAAAAAAGAGCUCAGAAGACUAGAUCUAGAAGUCAUUUCACCUGCCAACAGUGUGGAAAGAGUUUCCCAAGAAAAGACAAUCUAAAGAUUCACAUGAGGAUUCACACUGGAGAGAAGCCUUACACCUGCCAACAGUGUGGAAAGAGCUUCCCACGAAAAGAUAAUCUGAAGAUUCACAUGAGAAUUCACACCGGAGAGAAACCAUUUGUAUGUGGUCAUUGUGGAAAGAGUUUCCCACAUAAAGCAACUUUUCAUACGCACAUAAGAAUUCACACUGGAGAGAAGCCAUACACCUGCAAACUGUGUGGAAAAACUGCGAACCGAAAGGGAAAUCUGACGGCUCACAUGAGAGUUCACACUGGAGAGAAACCUUUCACAUGUGAUCAGUGUGGAAAGUGUUUUGUACGUAAGGAAGGCCUUAGUAAGCACGUGGAGCUUCACUCAAGAGAGACCUGUUUUAUAUGCCCUCAGUGUGGAAGUACAUUCACACACAGGAAACACUUCAAGAGACACGUAAUGACUCACAUCGGACAGGAGCCUUUUAUGUGUCAUCACUGUGGAAAGACUUUCACAAGAAAAACAAACCUCAAGACUCAUAUGAGAAUUCACAUGUGAAAAAUGCGAAAAGAGUUUAAGACGUAACUUUGGUGAGAGUUUCAUAUAUCAAAUAGAUCUGAAGUGUUACUUGCAAACUCAGUCUGGCAAGAAAUUGCAGUGUUCUGAGUGUGAUAAGAAAAUGGAGCAAUUUCAGAGUUCACCUGUGCACUGGGGAAAGUAAGGUACACCUGUGCGUCCUUGCAAAGACUGUAAUAAAUUCACUUUAAACAACUUAGUCCAUAUAAGUCCUAAAUAUGAUAAAUGACUAGGGAAAGUUUUGAUCUUUUCAGGGUUUUUUAAAAUAUUUGAAGCAAAAAACAGAUUUUUGUUUGGCUGGAGAUUGUCAUGGUAACUGAUUUACAAGCAGCCAUUAUAUAAACUUGUUUUUAUUUAAUCUUUACUUUCUUUAUAUUAUUGGUAUUAUUGGAUUUUUUUAAAGUGUUCAUCAGAUACUAAGUUCACUUUUACAUGUUGUUUGAACAUUAAUGUGUGUUGUCAGUGUAUGUACAAAUCCCUUUUUCAAAUCGAGCCGUUCUCAAAUGCCUGUUGUUGUGGCAUCACAUGACAGAGGCUGCUCCCACAAUAGUUGAUUGACAUGAGCGUUUUACCUCAGACCAGCUGUAUCGAUGCCUCCAUUGUUUUGAUGCUGGAGCAGGGAUGUAAUAAGACAAGAAUAUCUCUGAUUGAGUGAUUGAGGUGUUGUGUUACUGGAUGUAAUAAUGAACAUAGUGGUCGUCAUUUACUCCCGACAUCUGAGCUGCUGAAGAUGCAGUGGAUUACGUUUGUUUGUGAAGGGAAUGCGCCUCCCGAUCUACAAAUAUCCGUCUAUGUUCACACAAAUCAUUCAUGAUCCAGCUUCACUUACAGCAGAAGUGAGUAUAAGUGGUUUUUAUGAAUCGCUUCAUCUUCUUUAGGUGUUUUAUGGCGGUUUGACAAACCAGCUUAAAUGGUGCAUUUACUGCCGCCAACUGUGAAAUGUUGACUGGAAAAUAAUAAUAAUAAUAAUAAAUAAAUAAAUAAACCUUUGACACUAGCCUAUA